UAAGGCACGUUUGAACAGACUGUUUGGCGUUCACAUUACAAAACUCGUAUGAAUAUGCCUCUUUUACAUUGAGUCUGACAUUUAUUAUUGCAAAGUUUCACAGAGGCCGAGAGCUUUUUGUCCGAAAAUAAAGUGCGUAUUAUUUUGCUCAGGAAGGUUGACUUUUUAUUGCGACAAGUAACCAAACUACAGAGAGCAACACCCUGGCCUUGGCGUUCUUUCUUUCCAGAGACAGUAUUCAAUGGUGGGAGGCGGGGGGGGGGUAUCUAUUUUUUGUUCAUGAUGUUUCGGGCACGGAAAAAAAAAAGCUUUUCAUUAAAAAAGACGCCUGAAUUUUAGUCCCUUGAAGAAGCCAAGCGCCACAGAGCUUGCGUGGACUGGUCUGAGGAGGCAAAACCAAGUCUUGCAGUUGUCUCUAACGAGACGAGCCCCUUGCCUUGUUGUGUAAGCGACGGCGGUUCACAGGCGCUGUCCGUGGUGCUGAAAAGAGGAACGCGCGCGUUAGCUUUCAGAGAGCGAAGCUGCUGGGACGAGCCGCGCCUGUGCUCUCAGCUCGCACGGCUCUGGGCGUAUUUGAGAGAAGGAUUACAGUACUUUGCACCGGUUUUGUGAAGCUGUGGGGUUGCGGUCUUAUCUGUGACUGUAAACGGAUUAGUCUGCGGUUUGCGUCUUGUUCCGCUCCUGCAUUGAUGUCCUUUUACAUCUUCUUUCUUUCCUCUGUUUCCAGUCUCCACAAUCGUCUCGUUUUCUUCAGAGGGCUUCUGGAACAAUUCAUUCCUCUUGCUUUCCUGUUACAUCUGCGCUAUCUGGAAGUCCCGUGAGCAUCCUUGCUUCACAGAAGACUGAAAGUGCCAUCGAAAGCCAAGAACUUUAACUUCUUCAUCUCUUUCGGAACUUCGGAUAAAAAUCACAAAACCGACAUUUCAAGAACCCAGAAAAUAUUUUUACUGUUCUUUUUUUUCUUCUUUUUUUUCACCGCGGUUAUCACUCAUCGGCUCGGUGGAGACAAAAUUGAAAGUAAUGAGUUCAUCCAGGUUACAUACGAAAAUAAGCGUGACGCCCCAGCUUCCAGAGAAACGUGUAGAUGGGCAGGGGUACUAAAGUCUCACGUCGUUUUCAAUCACGUCUUGUUGGGGAACGGAUUAUUAUCUGCCUUCUACAACCACAUGGUUAAACUCUAAGCUGGACUGUAUGUCUAGGCAGUCCAGGGGGGAACUGGACUCGCUUGAUACCGACUUUAACAAAGUGGAACCAGAACUAUAAGCGCGGAAAUCCACAGAGAAGGAUGGGCCCUCUUGUUCAAGUCGCUUGUGUACUCCUUCUAGCCUUCGAAGCCCCCGUCUCUCCGGCCGCCAUCAGUCCCGAAGACUACCCGGCGGACGAGGCCGACCACGCCGCCAACAACGACAACAUCCUCUUCGACGACUACCGGGGGAAGGGCUGCGUGGACGACAGCGGGUUCGUCUACAAACUCGGGGAGCGGUUCUUCCCGGGCCACUCGAACUGCCCCUGCGUGUGCACGGAGGACGGCCCUGUCUGCGACCAGCCCGAGUGCCCGAAAAUCCACCCCAAAUGCACGAAAGUCGAGCACAACGGGUGCUGUGCCGAGUGUAAGGAGGUUAAAAACUUUUGUGAAUACCGGGGGAAAACGUACAAAAUCCUGGAGGAGUUUAAGGUGUUUCACCUACAGGGAUCCCCGCUACCUGAGGAUGGGACUGAGUCACCCGCGACCUCUGCGCAGCUGCAAUCAAGAAUCGGGAGCAGUAGGCCCUCGCCCUGUGAGUGGUGCCGGUGUGAGCCCAACAACGAGGUGCACUGCGUGGUGGCGGACUGCGCCGUGCCAGAGUGCGUCAACCCUGUGUAUGAGCCCGAGCAGUGCUGUCCCAUCUGUAAGAACGGUCCAAACUGCUUUGCCGGAACAACUAUAAUCCCAGCUGGGAUUGAAGUGAAGGUUGACGACUGCACCAUCUGUCGCUGUCACAACGGGGACUGGUGGAAACCGGCUCAGUGCUUGAGGCGCGAGUGUCUAACCAGUCAGAUUUCAUAGGAGCCCGAGAGGGAGACGACUGCAGGAGGCCCACCUGUUAUAACUGACUUGAGUACAGCUCCUCCGCUUACCUGACGGAUAAGCACUUUUUGAACAGUCAUUCACAUAUUUAUAAAAGGAAAACAAACUUGGGGGGAAGGAAAACUGAAGCAGCUUUAUUAAGAUUAGGCAGAUAUCCCUGUACUUUUUCUAUGAUGGUUCCUAGGUGUCCUACUCAUACAAUGCUUUCUCAAGAACAGCUUUUUUCAAUUCUCAAAACUCAAGUUUGUGAUUCUGACAAUUUAUUUGAACUUCUUUACUGCAGGAGUAAAUCUGUCCUAAAUAUUAAGCUAUUUUGUAAGGCGUGCCAAGUAAUAAUAUAAUAACAUGGUGGUGCUCCAUUAAGAGACUUUUUUAAGAGCAGGUGAGUAAGAAUGCUAAAAUAAUGACUGAAAAUUCACCUAAAUGAGCCCGGCUUUGGGGGAGGAGUCCAUUUUUAAAUGUAUGCACAGGGGGGGGAAAUUCCCAGUUCUAGGGGCAUCGCUAUUCCUGUACUCCUGGUGUUGCAACUUGACAAAGCUAAUUGCUGUUUAAAAAGUUCCUGGACAGAAAACCAGAGCAAAUCUAAGUCAGAGUGAUUGAGUAUAUGGUGCAAAUCGGAACCCUGAAUAAAGAGGGAGGAACAACACAGCAAAUAGUUGUAAGCACACCAGUGACAAUUCUCACUGUAUCUCGGUAUAGACAGAGAUAGACUAGAAAGACUUUGGGUUUGAGGGUGACGUAACCACAUGGACAGUUUUGAGGGAUAGUGAAUUAUUUUAAACCUCGUAAGCUGUUACAGAAGACUUCUCCCAUUAAGUCCCAUUAGUUUUUGGAAUGACACUCUUGUUGGUGUUAUAGUUCAGGUGGGGAGCUGCAUCAGCAUGCGUAGGCUGCAAAGAAACAAGUAAUAGGUUUAUUCCAUGCUGAAAAAAAGAAGAAAGAAAACACAACGGCCGUGGAGCCUUCUUCAGGUGUGAGGAACCUCAGGUGAACCUCAGGAGGAACCCUCACACCUGAAGAAGUCUCCACGGCCGAAACAUUGUGAUUUCUUUCUUCUUUUUUUUUCAGCAUGGAAAAAACCUAUUAAUUGAAUUGUUAUUACUACUUUGAAUUGUUAUCGGUUGCUUUUGAUUGAAAAGCCAGACAAAUCUAAAUCUAACUUAUAUAAGCUAUCAGUCUUAGAACAACUGUUAAAUACCUUAACAUUAGGGAUUUUGCACAUUACCUUCUGAAAUGUGGCAAAUAAUCCCUCACAAUUAGACUGCACUUAGUAAUGACUCCCUCUGAUUUAUGAAAGGUUCUUGGGGACUCUGAUUACCUCACCAAUGGCCUCAGGGGAAGAUUAUCAGACUGGUAGGGAGUGAGACACAUGAGAUCUGUUCUCAGAGGACUGGGAUUGUGACACCUCUCUCCUGAGAACAAUGGUACAAAUGAAACAGCUGGGCAAAAGAGAUGUGGAACUAAUGAGGCCUACCUAUGUUUUGGAUAAACCUUUGGGAAUUAACAUUUUGGGGCUAACACAGGGGUUAAAACUGAGAAGAUUAAUUACUGUAAUGGAUACUAUUGCACAGUAGUGAUAUAUCUCCAUGCAGUAGCCUAGGAAGCCUAUGAUCGAGCUACUGUAUAGUUUAUUUCAAUCCAAGAAGAAGAGGCAUGUCUUUACAAGAAGGGUUGUAGGAGGAUGAAACAAGCUAUCCAGCCAUGUUGUAGAAGCCAAUACCCUGGCUCCUUUAAGAACCAAAUGGUUCCAAUUAGCUAUUAUAAGCUUCUUAUAAAUUUCAAUUUGGAAAGGCAAUGUAAAAAUAUUUUCCGUUUCAAUGCUUUACCGAUGUCCUCCAUAUAUAAGAUACAACAGGAAUAUUUUGAAAGUUUCGCUAGAUUUCAUUGUCCCUUACUUUCACAUGCAAAAGAAGAUUGUUUUGCAAUACCACUAUAGCUUGAAACUAAGAAAUUAAUAAGAUGAUGAAGGCUAAACCUUCUCAUUUUCUUUAAUGAGACCAUUUUUGACUAAUUACUGCCCCCUCCUUUACAUUACAGGGAGCCCACAGCACUUCUCUGUAAGGAAGAGAACACAUCUCUGAACAAAAGAAUAAGCUGAGAAUAAGGUCACCGACUUGGGAGCAAUAAAUAUGAUUCUUCAAUUUUCAGUCAUUACAUGAGCUGUUUUUUAAAAUAUGUCGUCUUUCAUUUUUCAGAUCACAUUCUCAUGCAUUAGGGACUAAUGAAAGAGCCCUCUUUGGAUUUUCGAACCGGCGGUCUCCAGUAAUACCUGAAAGUGCUGACGUUAAUGACACACGUUAAUGAAAAACGUUGCAAUUCAUUACCUGUGCUUUUCUUAAGAGAAACUAUGAGCUCACACAGAAGACUGUUAGCCACCAUCCCCCAGUGAGAGAUGAAUUGUUUACCAAGACUGCAAAGAAAUGCCUUGAAAUUGCAGGAUUUCCCAACAGGGCCGAGACGAGGAAUUAAUUUUACAUUAAACUUACAGAAAGGUUAUCCAGCUUUUAAGAGGCCGAGGGAAUUGCAUUUAGAUUGCGCCAGCUCUGUUACCUGGUCUGUGGCUUAUUGUCAAGCUUAUCACUGUGUUUACAAGCUUGAGGGUCGGGUUCACUUGCAUGAUAGUAUGGAGAAAAGUAUUUGCUUGGUGUUUUUAAUCUAAGAAAACAUUCUAGGACGCAUCUUAAAAGAUACGCUCUUUACCACAAAAAUGACUUUAUCUCCCUUUUCUGUGUCGGCGCUCUCUCACGAGGUGUAUGAAUAUGGAAUACAGUGAACUGAUAGGACACAUAUUUAAAGCAGCAAAUAAUCUCUGCUGAAGUAAAAUGCAUUGCUUUCUGUAGAACAGAUGCAUGCAUUUUGGCUCACUCUGUUAUUAUUUCUAUGGAGAUUAUCUGACAAACUAAAAAAAAAACAAAAAAGGGGAAGACGCAUGGGUCAGGACUACAGAGUCCUCAUCUGGCUCGCGUCUCGGGAACCCCUACAUCUUUUUUUUAAAAAACACACUUGCAGAACGUGGCCAUCAGACGUCUUUGGAAGGCUGUCACAUUCUGUGGAGAUAAACACAGAGGAUCCCGGACGCAUCCUACCUUCAAAGGAGACAUGUCCUGGAUGGAUGAGGCACAAUGCAGCAGCUGGAAUGUGAGAUCUUGGAGAGCAGAGGGGAUAGUGAGUGUGACAGGGCUGGAAUAGCAGGGAUGAGGGAAAUGAAGAGCCCGUAGGCCAGCUGUUCCUGGGGGGGGGCAUUUCCCUUGGUCCUGGGGAACCCCACCCCUGCAGGUUUUCAUUGCAGCCGAGAUCUUUACUAGAAUGAAACCUUGAACGGUUUGUUUGGAGGGAACCUGUGCGAUUUUGUUUUCCUACUCGAAGGGCUGCAGAACUUCGGAACUGAAAAUUCAAAUCCACAGUUGAGAAUAAUGAGGUCUUAGUAAAGGGUCCAAUGAUUUGAGGAACGGAAAACGGCAGGCAUGAGGUUCCCCAGGACCAGAACUGGGAACCCCUGUACAGACAUGUACAAGCCCAUUUUGAGACAAGGUGUCAAUUACAACACCGACACUCUGCAGGGACAGCUGGACUCCUCCCAUUUGGUCAUUGUGGAAAACGUGUGGGCUGCAGUGAGUAUCCAGCAGGGCAAGUCAUAAUACUUAGCAGAACAUUUUAGGCAAUGCAAUGUGAGGGCACCCAAAUGAUGGGAUUUUUAACGCAGCUAAAAAUGUCAUGUUAUAUACUGUAUAUAUGGAUGCACUUUGGUUUUAAGAUGAAAGAAAGGCCUGAAAUCUCUAGUUAAAAGGGUAGCCUAUUUCAGCUCAUUUAUAAGUCUUUUCUUGUAACUGAAGUGUAGAAUACCUCAUGCCAAUGUAGUGCAGAGCCUUUUGCACCUUCACAGUGCCCUACACCUACUUAGGCAACGAGCACUAUAAUACAGACAGACAUGCACUGGAGUGUGCUCGGCGUACUGCAUAGUCACUGGGCUUAGUGACAUUCCAGCUGAAUAUUUCCCCCGUCACCACAGGCUGUAACAAUAAAAUAUUACAAAAGAAAAGAAAACCUUAAUAUCGAAACGCCAGAUCUUGCUGAGAUCUCAAAGGUACUUGGAAACAAAGACGCAGAAUUGUCAAGUUUCCAAAUUCAAAUUGGAAAAAAAUCCCCCGGCCUGCCUGAACUUUACAUAACUCAUGGAAAGGACAAUUCAUGCUGCUUCUGGAGCACAAUUAGCAUAUUUCCCCAGGUGGGCAGAAUGAAGUUUGUAAGUAAUGUUUUGUAUCCUAUUGAAAGCAAAACUAAUCCUGGCACUUUAACCUCUUAGUAGUCUUGGGCCAUAUGCAUGAAACUUGACAUUCUUCAUUGAUCUGACGUUAUUAAUGUGGCAUUUUUUUUUCAAAUGAUCAUCUGUGGUUGAUUGAAAGAUCACGUAGGCUAAAUCUGUCUUUCUUAACACAUUCAGGAUUACCAGCAUUAAACCAACACUGUUGCUCAAAUCUGCUAAAAAACAACAUGUCCAAGCCACUCGUCACUAGGCAAAACUCCAGUUUUAUAAAUUGCACGCAAAGUACUGCCCUCCUUCAUUUCCUUCAGACUUACCAUGGACAUGUUUUAUACAUAUGGCUCCCAGUGUCUGUAUCCCAGUACAUUGACUUGUCAUUUUUGUAAAUUGUACUGCUGAUCUCUUCUCACAAGACACCAGCUUACUGUAGCUGUUGGCUAUCGACGAUUGUUCAUUUUUUUAAGAUCCUGUUACAAAAUGUGUGCCUGGAAACGAGCUAAAAAAAUACUGUUAAACAAUCAACUUCUUUACUUAAAGAAAAAUCUACAUAUACAAUAUGUAAAUAUGUAUGACCUGUGCAAUGUGUACUCGGAAAAGGUGAAGGAAUUGUGUAUAAGAAAAACUAUUUUGUUAAAUAGAAAAAAAAACGUGUUAUU